AUGUCAACUUGUCCACCACCCGCUUGUCUGCAGAAAGAUAUGGUAAUUCCACCUCGACAAUUAUUUGGGCCAGGACCAUCAAAUAUGCGUGAUGUAAUCGCUGAAUCGCAGUCUCGGUCUUUGCUUGGGCAUCUUCAUCCGGAAUUUAUCAAAGUGAUGUCAGAUGCUCGUGAAGGUUUACAGUACAUCUUUAAGACUCAAAAUGCUUACACUUUUGCUGUCAGUGGUACAGGUUUACAGUACAUCUUUAAGACUCAAAAUGCUUACACUUUUGCUGUCAGUGGUACAGGACACGCAGGAAUGGAAUGCGCUGUCUUGAACCUACUGGAAAAGGAUGAUAUCUUCUUGGUGGUUGAAAUUGGCAUCUGGGGGAGAAGAGCUGCUGAUUUGGGUGCCAGAAUAGGGGCAAAGGUAGAAACAGUUACAGCUCCUCACGGAUGCGCUGUCGAGAAGGAGGCAAUUGAGCAGAUGGUAUGCGCUUUGGCCAAAUACAAACCUGCUGUUCUGUUCGUUUGUCACGGCGAAAGCUCUACCGGGGUUUGUCAACCGCUUGAAGGUCUUGGAGAAGCCUGCCGUCGACAUGGGACACUUCUGCUUGUGGAUACGGUUGCGUCAUUAGGUGGGGCAGAAUUCCAUAUGGACGAGUGGGGUGUAGACUGUGUCUAUUCGGCAACUCAAAAAGUCUUGAAUGCGCCUCCUGGUUUGGCACCCAUUUCAUUCAGUGAGAGAGCUAUGCAAAAAAUCAAAAAUAGAAAAGAGCGCGUUCCAUCGUUCUACUUUGAUGCUCUUGAAUUAGGUAACUAUUGGGGCUGCGACGACCAAGUAAUCAGAUAUCAUCAUACCGCGCCAAUAUCAUGCGUCUACGCUCUUCGGACUGCUUUAGCAGUCAUAGCAAAAGAAGGCAUUGACGAAGGAGUGCGCCGACAUGUAGAAAAUGCGAAAUUUUUGUACAAAAAAUUGGAAGAGUACGGAUUA